UUCUUCUUGACAGGGCAGCGGCUUGGUUGCGGAAAAAGUCUUUGCGCUGCGAAGAUGGGCUUUUGCGAAUUCUCCUAUCUGGACGUUGGAGGUUAUGCAUUAAUUGCAAUUUUAUCAACCCGUACUAUUUUGAGGGGUGCAGCGGGAGGGUGUGAAAUUAUCAUGGACUGCAGUGAGACUGCAUUGAGGCUUGAAGAACGUUAUUGACGGGGAAUAUGCUUCUAUGUGCCGAAGAACCGAUUUGAAUUUGGUUACUAUUCGACGUGUACGUUUGUACGUAUGUACGUAUAUACGAACGUCCAACUGCAGCGCACCUGACCUCUAUCGCCGCAGUCAGAAUCUGCUCGUCCUAGAAACAACGAAUCAAGUCAAUCCCCAGGACGCCGUAUCUGCACGGCCGGCUACUUCUUUUUGCUCCUGCUCCUGCUGUGCUGUGCUGUGCCAUAGCUGUCUGUUGCUUGAUACCUCCCUCAUGCAUGCAAGGCUCAUCAGGGUCUUGGGACGUUGGGAGACCUUUCUUCAGUGGCUUCACUUUUUUUUCGAUGGCUUGCUCGUGCUCUCGGUGGCUUUUCCCGGGAACUCCUCUUUCCAGAGUUCGUCGUCGAAGACCUCGGGCGAACUACAGCUCGUCAAUUCUCCUUUUGAUAGCCCCCAGCGAGCCAGGACGCUGAGAAGUGUGACGCCAACUGCGGAAGUUGCAGCCAGGGCGUUGCGGAUGCGAACUCCAACCCGUCAGGUGGCACCAAACCAAGCCCACCCGAUGUGGGCUCAAAGUCAAAACUUUAUCUCUCUGCUGCUGCUGCUGCUGCUCGAGUCAACGCUGCGAUCUGGUGCUAAGACAGACGGUGCUCCAUCGUGAAUCGGGAUCCAUUUAUUGAUGGCCAUCGGCACCGUUGGAACCGUUUUUUUGGUUCCAUCGUCGGUGCUAACUUUAGCCUUGUUUCAACACUGAGGGUCCCAUGAGCAUGGAGUGAGUAGACUUGGGGAGGCCCGCCGACAUGGACGCGCACGCAUGUGUCCCGCCCCUCUCCCGUACAAUUGUGGG